AGACUGAUGACACUGGUACGAAAAAAACUCACUCAUUUUGGUGCGACCUGGACCACGGGCGACUUUCUCACUCAAGAAACCAGCCUUCCUGGGAAGUAUUUGGCGUGUUUUGGGGACGUGUGGCUGAAGAAACUAUUUAUCCGCACAAAUAAGGAUAGAAGAUGAGUAGUUCAGAGGAAGUGUCCUGGAUCUCCUGGUUCUGUGGCCUGAGGGGAAAUGAGUUUUUCUGUGAGGUUGAUGAAGACUACAUCCAGGACAAGUUUAAUUUGACAGGACUGAAUGAGCAGGUGCCACACUACAGACAGGCUCUGGAUAUGAUUCUGGACCUGGAACCAGAUGACGAGCUGGAAGAUAACCCUAACCAGAGUGACCUGAUUGAGCAGGCUGCUGAGAUGCUGUAUGGUCUCAUCCACGCACGCUACAUCCUCACUAACCGGGGCAUCGCUCAAAUGUUGGAGAAAUACCAGCAGGGAGACUUUGGCCACUGCAGCCGUGUCUACUGUGAGAACCAGCCCAUGCUACCGAUUGGCCUGUCAGAUGUACCGGGGGAGGCCAUGGUCAAACUGUACUGUCCAAAGUGCCAGGAUGUCUACACACCCAAGUCCUCCAGACAUCAUCAUAUAGAUGGGGCGUACUUUGGCACCAGCUUCCCCCACAUGUUGUUUAUGGUGCACCCUGAGUACAGACCACAGCCUCCCAAGAACAAGUUUGUUCCCAGAUUGUAUGGCUUCAAGAUCCAUCCAUUGGCCUAUCAGAUACAAGCUCAGGCUUCCAACAACUUCAAGAGUCCUGUCAAAACACUGCGAUGAAUACUGCACAUAGGAGGACUUCUUGUUGUACACAUGGCUGGGAUCUAAGCCUGGUACAUGUACAUCUAGCCUGUAGUUAUUUCAACAUCCAGAAUCCCUGCUCAGUAUCUUCCUUUAAAUGUCUGAGGCACAUUACCUCUAUUUUUCUUAUGUGACUUCAACACUGUUAUCAUUCUUUUAUAUUUUGUACAGAAGUGUGGUAAAAAUAUGCUUAUUGGUUGGUCCAGACACACUUUGUGGAUGCCUGAUUUUCACAAUGUUACCCUCCUGACCUGUGAACAAAACUUGGCUUCACCUUACAGUCUUAUAUGCUUACUUUAUGUAUAUUGUACAUGUACAUUAUGUACUUGAAUAGAUUUUGUACUUCGCUUACACCCCACACACCCAUUAAGUCAACCAAAAAAUUCCCUUAUACCCCAUACAAACUGUUAAAGAAAGUCCUUGUUGGUGCAGUAUUCCUUUUAUCAAGAGUUCAAAUUGCAUGCUUAAUUGAUUUCCUCCAAAAAUUGAAAGAGAUGAGUAGAUGUGUGUGACCUUACCUGAAUAGCCAGCAUCAUUGUUUUACGUACGUAACUUCUCACAGUUGUUUCUACAUAUAGCAUGUGUGCUAUCCAAACGUGGUGACUGGUGUAAAGCAGUCAAUUAAAAAUCAUUAUAAAAUUAUUACUAUAUAGAGGUGUGUUGCAUAUGAUGUUUGGCCCCAUAAAAUCUCUGGAAAUUUAGCAUGACCACCUGGCAGAAAAGUUAUUCCCACAAGAAGGGGACUGAUAACCUUGUGUUUGUACGAUUGUCACUUAAAUUUAGAUUUUGUCAGA